AGCACUAACUUUAAGGUUAGAUUAAAAUAAUCUGAUAUUAAACAAUCUUAAAAAAAUAAAUGACAUUGAAUUAACUUCAGUGUGCUGUUAUGCUAAAGAAAAUGACCGACGUAGACGUGAGGAAGGGAAUAAAAAACGUAUUAACUAGAAUAGAAGAAGCAUGUAAAAAGAGACCACCAGAAUUGGAAGCUGUAGAACCUAGACUGGUAGCUGUUAGUAAAACCAAACCUGUUAACUUAAUCCUAGAGGCUUACGAAGGGGGUCAAAGACAUUUUGGUGAGAAUUAUGUUCAAGAACUCGAAGAAAAAGCAACCAAUGCUGACAUCCUUGAAAAGUGCAAAGAUAUUAGGUGGCAUUUUAUAGGGCAUCUGCAGAAGAAUAAAGUAAAUAAGGUCCUUUGUCUUCCAAACAUUUAUCUCAUUGAAACUGUGGAUUCUCAGAAGUUAGCUACGACUUUAAACAACCACUGGCCAAAGUUUGGACCACCUGAUACCAAACUAAAAAUUAUGAUCCAAGUUAACACUAGUGGUGAAGGAGAAAAAAAUGGUAUUCCGCCAGCAGAAGUCUGCAGUCUGACAGAGUACGUUUUAAAGGAGUGCGGCAAUUUGCAGCUAGAUGGCCUCAUGACCAUUGGAAGGUUCGGAUAUAACCCAGAAGAUGGCCCCAAUCCUGAUUUCCUUUGUUUAAAAACCUGCAGAGAUGAGAUUUGCCAAAAUUUAGGCCUUGAUUGGAAAAACAUCAAUUUAUCUAUGGGAAUGUCGGAUGAUUUUGAACACGCAAUAGAAUUGGGCAGCACCAAUGUGAGGGUUGGUAGCUCAAUAUUUGGGUAUCGACCAAGAAAAGUUAGAGAAUAAAGAAAUAUAUCGAUGAAAUACCAAAUGAUACUUAAAGCGAAUUUAUAGAUUUUAUUAUAUUUUGUCAAAUAAAUGGAAUAAAUUGUCCCUUCA